GAAAGCGAAAACGUAGACGCAUAGAAUAUCUCUGAACAAGGUGAAGUUGGUUGUGAAUCCGAGCGCAACGUCGAUCAAUCGGAAGAAGUGGUUUUUUAAACGGCGGUUUUUAUCGUGACCGCACGUUAUGAUGGGGGUAUUGAGAUGGAGACACGAUCUUAGAUCGGAUGCUGCGGCGCAGCAACAGCAGGAACAGCAACAACAGAGAGCGGAGCGACCAACCGGACACAACAGUCACGCGCACACUUUCCCAAAGCUCUUGUCACAGACACCGAGAGAUGACAGGACAACAUCGAGUCCCGGAGGUGCGACUAGCAAUCACACCUCAGCGCUAUCGCCAUCACCGAUGGGCGAUGCGCCCUUGGGUAGAGCAUUGAUGGAAGCAGCUCUGCAACAGCAAGCUGUGUCUGGCGUCCAGUCACCCUUAGUCGUCACGCCAUCCGGAUAUUGGGUCGACGGUACCGAUCAUCGACAUACUCUCGAUUCCACCGGUAAGGCAUUACUACCGGCGCAACCAGCCUGGCAGCCCAGGAUAGAUCAGGAUGACACAGCCAAGUGCUAUCGCCGCUUCUUCGUCGGCAGAGAACACGUAAAUCUCGUGGGAAGGGACACUGAGAACGGCCCGGUCUUGGUCUCGGUGAAGGCCGAGACGGUUGCCGGACAGGAACACUGGCGAGUGUUGCUGCGACUCCGGGCAGGAUCAACGCAUGACCUGGUUCCAACUACGAAUCUCAGUUCGAAUCCUACACCAAGGAAAAUGGUCAAGGCGAUCAAUGAGUCUCUAAAUGUAAGCCCCCUGAUGCCGGUUAUGUGCCCCGGCGCCGGUACCUUGAUAGCACGAUACGAUGAGCACGCCUUGGUCUCCAGGUUUAAGUUUGGGGUUCUUCAUCAGCGAGCCGGUCAACUCACUGAGGAACAGCUCUUCGGCAAUCGACAGAUCACCCCGGCCUUUCAGGAGUUUCUUGAUUUGCUUGGUCAGAAAAUCGAUCUCAAGGAUCACAAGGGUUAUCGUGGUGGGUUGGAUACUCGACACGGCCAGACUGGCGAUUCGGCGGUGUACGAGGUGUUUCGGGGUCGGGAAGUAUUGUUCCACGUUGCCUCGUUAUUGCCAUAUAGUCCGGGCGAUUCGCAGCAGUUACAGCGCAAACGACACAUCGGCAAUGACAUCGUCGCCAUCAUAUUUCAAGAGGAAUCGACACCCUUCAGUCCGGACAUGAUCGCCAGUCACUUCUUGCACGCCUUCAUCGUCGUGCAAGUCAUCGACCCCUGCACUGCUAAUACGAGAUACAAAGUCAGCGUGACAGCGCGCGACGACGUUCCCUGGUUCGGACCAACUCUACCAACUCCAGCAGUUUUUCUCAGAGGUGUAGAAUUUAAAGAGUUCCUACUCACGAAACUUGUGAACGCCGAGAAUGCCGCUUAUAAGGCCGAGAAAUUUUCCAAAUUGGAACUGCGGACUAGAUCGGCCUUGUUAGAAUCCCUAACAGAAGAACUGCAGACCAAAACGGCAGAAUUUCUCGGUGGUCCACUUGGCCUAGGAAGUUCCGGCUUAAGCGUUUGUCCGGUGAGUCCAACGACGAACGACGUAUCCACUUCAGGAAGUAGUGGCAGUGGCUCGCGAUUUAUCGACACGGUUCGGAAAGCACUGAUCUCUCGUGUGAGAAACGCAUCAACGGAAAGCGUACCGCAACAGUUAGCUAAAAAAGGUCAACAGACAGAGUCCAGUCCUCCAAGUAAUCGACAGUCGACUGUUACGAAGGUGAGCGGUAGCAAACGUUCGGUGGAACCGUCCAGUCCUCUCGGCUCGCCGGAUCUAACCCUGAGAAGAGACUCAGAGCGUGGUAGUCUUGGUAGCCAAGACAGCAGUCUCUCCACCACCGACAAUCAAGAUAGUAGUCUGGUGACAUUGCAGCAAGACGAAUAUGAUCGUAGAGAAUCACAGGGCACGAGUAUCAUCUGCCUCAGCGAUACUACUGUCAUCGACAAAUCUCCGGCGCCGACAUCGGCAGUGGUGCAACAACUAACGCACGAGAGUUUGCGCACACAGGAGAAAACAACGGAGGUGACGCAGCGAGUGAUCUCGGAGAGCGAUGACAGUUCGCUCAACAGCGAACUCGAACUCGAUCAGGCCGUAUAUCCCGAUAGUGACACAGGCCUUGAAUCUAUGAGUUCCGCGGAGACUCACGAUACCACAAGGUGUACAAGUAAAGAUGGGAUCGUGGAAAACGAAAACUUGAGGAUGGAAGUCACUAGACUCAAGUGCGACAAGUUAGAUUUGCUGCGGCAAAAUGUGACAUGCCAACGUGAACUAAAACGACGCCGAGAGAAGGAAUUACAACUAGAAUCCGAUUUGGCGGCGGCGUCCAAGGAGAUCCUACGAUUACGUGCGAUGCUGAAGGAAUGCUCCACGAGCAUUCCGCUGGAUAACAACAAUCAGCAAACGUCCACCGUGUGAAGUUUACAAGCACAACGUAUAAUCUUAGGCGUAAUCGAUGGUUAUUCUCACGAGAUAUUAGAUAAUAUGGCCUUUAUGGUCGAAUGCAAUUGCAUGUGUAGAUCUGGAAAAUUGUCUUUGAAAAUGCGCGUAAUAAUUUUUUUGUCUUAUUAGCAAUCUGUCGCAUUUCACAUGGCUUUUGCACGCUGUUUCUUUUUCGUUACAUCACUUUUGUGUAUAGUCUGAUAUUGAGAUUACCGAAAUGACAUGCGAAAUACCAAUAGAUGUCUAAAGGAUAUAAUAGGAAUCUAAAGUAAAAUGUCAAGACGUCUUUCAAACGCUUUAUGAGUACUCAAUACUUGAACACUAUGUACCUUCACCAGGAAUCAUUCAUUACUUCCAAAGGUUUAUCGUUAGUGCUCCAUAAGAGCAUAUAGAGCAUAUAUUUGCAAUGUAGAUGCUUUAUUACAAAAAUUAAUCGUUCAAAUUGAGUUUUCUUAAGAUAGAGAUCGGUACAAGUUCUAUAAGUCAUACACGAGAUAGUAAGAUUAACACAAAUCCUGAAACUGUGUAUAGUGACCAAAGUGUCCUCGAGAUACUUGUAGUAUAGAUUCAAGAUUGUUAGAGUUCUUGAUUGACUUAUAAGACACGUGUAAUAUUUAUAUCUAUUAAUUUAUUAGUAGACUUAAGUUGACCAUUCGUAGUCAAUAUACAUAUGUGGAUAUAAAAAGAAGCAGUAGAGAUAUCUGUAGUAUUAGCUGUCUUAAGAGACGGAUUGAGCACUCAACAUUGUGAAGAAACAAAAAUUACCAUGAUUCGCUGCAAUAAGAGUGAGUUAUAUCUAUUUAUCGAAGCUGACAACAUCCUAAUAACUUCCGUUUAUUCUUGCAUAGCGUGGAUUAUCCACAAUUGGGCGAAACAUUUUCCAUAUUUAGAUACUAUCUUAAUCGGUAGACUUUUUGUCAAACGCGAUUGUAGAAGAAAAUAACAUGUCAUUAGCAGCAGUAUUUGUUACGAUACACUUAUCCGGCACAACACUUAUCCGUUUAUUAGUUUUUUAGUACUUAGAUACCAGAGAAUAGAUUUAGAAGAUACUUCUAUGAAGUUGAAUUAUAUUCGCACCUUCCGUGUGCUAGUUUUAGUAAAAAAAACUAAUUUCAAGCAUUUUUUUUAAUUGCGCACAG